CUGCACUACGGGACCCUCCUGGGCAGCAGAGCUUGUGUCCACAUGGCAGCAGCUGCCUGGGGCACUGGGCUGCUCAAUUCUCUCCUUCACACUGCCAACACAUUUUCCCUACCAAUCUGCCAGGGAAUUGCUGUGGACCAAUUCCUCUGUGAAAUCCCCCAGAUCCUCAAGCUCUCCUGCUCAGAUUCCUACCUCAGGGAAGUUGGACUUAUCAUGGUUAGUGCCUGUUUAGUAUUUGGCUGUUUUCUUUUCAUCAUGCUGUCCUAUGUACAGAUAUUCCGGGCCGUGCUGAGGAUCCCCUCUGAGCAGGGACAGCACAAAGCCUUUUCCACGUGCCUCCCUCACCUGGUCGUGGUCUCCCUGUUUGUCAGCACUGGCAUGUUUGCCUACCUGAAGCCCGCCUCCAUCUCCUCCCCAUCUCUGGACCUGAUGGUGUCAUUUCUGUACUCAGUGGUACCUCCAGCAACUCCACUCUUCCUCCUGUCACUCAUCAUGACUGUGAUUGGGCACAUCCUCAUCGCUGUUUUGAUGGUGUCAGAGCAGCAUCUGCACACCCCCACGUACUUCUUCUGGGGCAAUCUGUCCUCCUUGGAGACCUGCUACAGCUCCACCUUCCUGCCCUGGCUGCUGGCCAGCUUGCUGAAUGGGGACGGGACCAUUUCUGCUCACAGCUUCUGA